CGAUACCAUUCUUCGAUUAACAACAGCUAUGGGGACUUGGCUGAGAACACUUUUAAGGGGCUUCGCAGAGCACUGCCAUUGACGCGAAACAAGUUGGAUUGGAACAAGAUUCUGAAUUACAAGAUUGGCAACGAGUUGUCUCAAAAAUAA